AUGUGUACAGUUACGGCAACAGAUGAUUGCUCUAAUGAUAAAUAUAUGGAAUCAUUUAAACUUUAUCGUCGUUUAUCACCAAUCAAUUGUUUAGAUCUAUCCUAUUCACCAUCAACUCAUCAGGAAUAUUUUCAGCGUGUCAUUUCACCAACAUCAACUGAGAUCAUUGACAAUCUUACAUGUACAAAUCUUGGUUUAAUACCAUUGAAUCAAUGGGAAAUGUAUCAUUGUACUCAUUGUCCAACAGAUGGACUUUAUAUUAUUUCAAAUCCAUUUACACAAGAGGGUCAACAACAAUGGAUUAAAAAAUGUUUAAAUGAUUAUCCAACAAAUCAAAAGUAUCUAUCAAAUUUGCCAGAACAUGUUGAUCGUUCUCCAUUGUUCAACGAUAAAUUGAGAUGGCUCACUCUGGGCUAUCAUUAUGAUUGGACACAAAAAACAUACUCUAAACAAAAUUAUACUCCUCUACCAGAAGAUUUAGAAUUAUUAUCAAAAAUAAUUAUUCAAAAAUUCAAUCCAACUGAAAAAUAUUAUUAUCCAGAAGCUGUUAUUGUUAAUUAUUAUCAUUUAAAUUCAACAUUAUGUGGACAUACUGAUCAUAGUGAAGAAAAUCUUGAUAGACCUUUAAUUUCAAUUAGUUUUGGAAAUAUUGGAAUAUUUUUAAUUGGUGGUCAAGAUAAAUCCAUUGAACCGAUACCAAUGAGACUCAAUAGUGGAGAUAUAGUUAUUAUGACAAAACAAACUCGAUUAGCUUAUCAUGGCAUUCCAAAAAUUAUUGAAGAUAAUUCAUUAUCUAAAAUAUUAAAGAAUAGUGAUGAUGAAAAAUGGAGUCAAUAUUGGAAUUAUAUUUCAAAAAAUAGAAUUAAUAUUAACAUUAGACAAGUCUAUUAA